UCGGUCUCCAAAACUCGAACGCAGAUCGAGGGCGCAGGCAGAGCUAGCAAAUCAUUUCGAAUCAAUAUAUACGUACGUACAUACGUACGCUUGGAGUAUUUUUUUUUCCGGAUUUAUAUAUACGGCCGGCCGGGUAUAUAUAUAUAUACUACCGAUCGAGAAGAGGAAGAGGCUGGCUGCUACAUCCAUGGCGCCGGCGGCCAUGGCGGCGACCGGCAGGGCGGAGGAGGCGGGGCGGAUGUCGUCGUCCAUAGAGUGGGAGCCCAAGACGCUGACCGUCGACCAGAUCAAGUUCGCAAGGGAGGCGGCGCUGUACGUGGUGAGCACCAAGACGGAGGAGGAGGCGAUCCGGAUCUUCACCGAGGGCAUCAAGCCCGUGCGGACGGCUGUCCGCAAGUCCACCUCCACCGACUCCUCGUCGGACGACGACGUGGAGCUCGGCUGCUGCUCCUCCUCCACCAAACGCUGUUGCGGCGCCGCCGGCGCUCAUGCUCGACGACGACGGCGCUCCACCGACGACGACGACAGGGACGACGUCGCUACAGCGCCAUUCUAGCUCGAUCGCUAGCCAGAUAGCUGUUCCCUCUCCUCCUUAGCUGAUGUGGUCUAGCUAGUCCAGACUCCAGAGUCUACUGCGUGCAUUUUCUUCUUCCUUUCGAAAACCCGCCGUCCCUUCCCUUACAUUUGCCUGCUGGCGGGCUGGCGGCCUGGGCUAUUUGAAGGAUCGGAGCCGGCGAGUUUGGCCCCCGCUUUUUUAGCGCGGCGAAUUUUUGAGGCACAUGGCUCUCAGUACUCCUAGCAUAUAGAGGAGGACAUAUCUUGUGCAAUCACUUAUUUUGGUGCAAGCGUACAAUCAAACUAUCCAGAGCAUCCAAUCUAGAUCCAACGAUUUCAUAUGGAAGGGGUUAAAAGUAAAAUAGGUAGAAGAGAUGAUGUAAAUACCAGAAAAAAACAGCUAGCUAGCAGUGUUAAGUGUACAUUUACUCCCUUCUGUCUUCUCUCAACAUAAGCACUCUGGCUAGCUA